GUUUAAAGGACUUCUCUGCUGAUGCUGAAGACAAACAAAAAGUCCUUGACAUGUUAAAAAGAGCAGAGACUGACCCAGAUUUGAAUGACCUUGAUGAACCUGAAGAUGACCUUCAUGAAAGACUUCAUGACCUUGACCUUGAUAAAGAUACUAGGGAAGUUUGGAAUCGUCUCACAGAUCAGGAAAAGAAAGAAUUUGAUAUUAUGGUGGGAGAUGGUCGCCUUGGAAAUCUUGUAGAGAUUUGGACACCCUGGUGGAUAGCAACAGCCUCUUUAGUUACUGAAGUUGAAGGAAGUUCAUCAAGUGCAAAGUCAAGGGCACUCAGUGCUGUGCCAAAUAUUUGUCAAGAAAUUCCAAAUAUUUCAAACAUAUUAAAAUCCAAACCCUCAGCAGAUGUGAAGUACAAUGUAAUAAAUGUGUUGUUUGUGUAUUGCUAUGUGUGCAGACUCCAUAAUGGAGAGCAGGUUACCAUGGCAACAGAGUGUGCAGCAGACAUCUUGGAAUUGUCUGAUGUUUUAGGUGAAGGUCACACAUGUGGGUCAGUUGAUGAAGCUGUGCAAUUCUGCAUGAGAAAGCUUACAAAUAAACAACAAAGUUUUGACUCAAGUCCAGAGUUUAAUAUAUCAAUAUUAAAGGAUAUUGAAAUCAUCAUAACUGGUAUUGGGGAAAAUGAACCAUUGAAAUAUUUGAUGGCAGCUUUAUCAGAAAUAUGUCAAAUUUUCAAGAAGGCAUAUAAAAGUAUGUGCAAAAAGACAAAACUUGGUGGGAAAACAUCUGUAAAGGAAACACUGAAUAGAUUGAAAUCUACGUAUUUUCAAGUUCUCAAGAAAUGUGAAUUUUAUUUGAGCUGGGCACAGACUUAUGGGAUGGCUCUUCAUGGAAUGAUUUCAGAGUUACAGAUUGUUAAUUCAUUGUUGUCAGUUGAACUUGAAUCUGUGAACCAGUCGAAGAGAGAAUUAGAACAGCAAUGGGGUGGAAAUGUGAAGCCGAGACGGAAGAAACUUAUUGAAGAAAUGUGAAGAAAACGAGACAGGUUUGAAAGGGAUCAUUGAUUAAUUAGUGCAGAUUAUUUAUGUUUAGGGUAGAUGAUUAGUUAAAUUUUUUUCUCCACCACUAAUAGUGGAGGAAUAUUGAUAUGGUGUUGUUUGUCAGCCUUGUCAUUGAUUUGUCAGCCCAGACAUUCAUUUGUCAGUCUUUUAAUUCAUUUGUCAGCCUUGUUAUUAAUUAGUCAGCUUUGUCAUUAAUUUGUCAGCUUUGUCAUUCAUUUGUCAGCCUAGAAAAAUGUUGUGAAUGUCCAAAGCCUUUGGGUCCCCGCUUUUCACAAUUGGCCAUUCUAAUGCUUUCCUGACAUGGGUAUUUGCCACAACAUCAAAAUCCCCAUAUCUUUCCUUGAAUUCCUUCCUUGCUGCAC